UUAUACAGGAUCGCGCGCUCUUUGUCUCAUCGCCUCUCCUCCGCCCAGGCGCCUGAGAUCGAUUCGCCCACCCACCCCCUCCUCAUAGAGUAGACAUUACUGCGGUCCAACCUGUGGGCGGGGAUUGAGCGCCUACGUCACCAACGGACCGGGGGAAAUUCAAACUGUGGAAGUGAAACAGUGAAACCGGUGGCGGGUGAGGGCCGAGGCGGCUUCAUUUGGACAGAUGGCUGAGGAAGGUGGCGUCACGGUCUGCGUGCGGGUGCGCCCGCUCAUAGCGAGAGAGGGUGCAGAUCCUGAAGACAAACGGAACAUUUUGUGGAAAACUGAGGAAUGCACCAUAUCUCAGGUUGAUGGGACAAAAUCUUUCACCUUUGAUCGGGUGUUUCAUUCUUCAGACAAUACCACAGAAGUCUACAAAGGGGUGGCUGCUUCAAUUAUAAAGUCUGCUGUUCAGGGAUAUAAUGGAACUAUUUUUGCCUAUGGCCAAACUGCUUCAGGAAAAACUUACACAAUGUUGGGGACCAAAGAUUGCCCAGGAAUCUUACUGAUGGCCAUCAAUGAUGUUUUCAAUAGCAUCUGUGGAAUUCCUAACAGGGAGUUCCUACUCCGUGUAUCAUAUAUGGAAAUCCACAAUGAUACAGUUCAGGACCUACUGUGCAGCAACAUAAGGAAAAGGAAACCCUUGGUUGUUCGUGAAGACAUCAAUAGGAAUAUCUUUGUUGAAGAUCUGAGUGAAGAGGUGGUGGUUUCUCCAGAGCAAGUUGUGGGCUGGCUGCAGAAAGGAGAAAAAAACAGGCACUAUGGUGAGACCAAAAUGAAUGAAAGAAGUAGCCGCUCGCAUGCAAUCUUCCGUAUGAUAAUUGAAAGCAAAGAGAAGACUGAUAGUUCAAGCUACGACGGCGCUGUAAUGGUUUCUCACUUGAAUUUCGUAGAUCUGGCAGGAAGUGAAAGAGCUAGCCAAACAGGUGCUGAAGGGAUUCGUCUCAAGGAAGGCUGCAAUAUAAACCGGAGUCUCUUCAUCUUGGGCCAAGUUAUCAAGAAGCUUUGUGAUGAUCAGGCUGGAGGCUACAUUAACUACAGAGAUAGCAAGCUAACACGGAUUCUCCAGAAUUCACUGGGUGGAAAUGCUAAGACUGUUAUUAUCUGCACAGUCACUCCAGCAUCCCUAGAAGAAACUUUUAGCACGCUCCAGUUUGCUAGUACAGCUAAAAAUAUGAAAAAUAGCCCCAUAGUAAACGAAGUUCUGACUGAGGAUGCCCUUCUGAAGAGAUAUCGUUUAGAAAUAGAAGACCUGAAACGACGCCUAGAAGAAGUUUCACCACAAUCCCAGCUGGCACAGAUCCUUGAAGAGAAGAAUGCUCUUCAAAAAGAACAGCAGGAGAAAAUAAGGACUCUCACUGAGAUGCUGGUGACGGCACCUUCUUUUGCAUCCGCGCAAGAGUUCAAGAUUCGAAGGAAGAGGAGAGUGACCUGGGCUCCAGGAGCAAUAAACCAGGAAGGAGGGGAAUGUCUCCUGGGAAGCUUUCCCCCAAAAGCCAAACAGUUUAAAACAUCUUUGUCUUGUCUAUCAGAAAUGGAAGAGUCUGUAUCCUCAGAGUCCUCAGAACGUGAUGAUCAAUGGAUGACAGCCAGUGUUACAAUUCCUGAAGAGGAAUGGAUUCCGGGAACUGAGGUUGGUUUGAUUCAUAAAGAUUUUGCAGAUUCUGUCAUCCUUUGUGAAACCCUAGUAGAUGAGAGGGAUAAUGCUGUCUCUGAACAAAUAGCCUUAAAAGAAGAAGUAAAAAAUCUGCAAAUGGAGAAAGAGGAGAUUGAAUGUGAGCUCAAAGAGCUGAAGGAGAAAAUGUCCACUUAUGAGUUUGUGGCUCUCGAAAGAGAGACAGCAAACGAACAAGAGAUGCAACUAAUGCAUGAAAUUUCCAGCUUAAAGGCUAUUAUUACAAAUGCUGAAGCUUGCAAUCAAGAUCUUCAGGAGGAAGUAAUGUCAAAAGACUUGACGAUCGAGGAGCAAAGGAAUAAAAUCAAAGCACUGGAAAACCACGUCAGUGAGCUAAGAAAUCUUACAAGAGAAGCAAAGACAGAAAGUGGGGAAAGAGACAUGACAUCACAGAUUUUGAAUAACUCGGCCGAAAUGCAAAAAAUGAAGCAGUCUCUCAGUGAUGCUGAGGCAGUAGCACUGGAUUCCAAGAGAGAAUCUUCAUUCCUCAGGAGUGAAAACAUUGCACUAAAAGAAAAAAUGGACCAGCUCUCAGAAACGUACAAGCAAAUGGAAAAAGACAUUGAGUGUUACAGAAGACAGUUAGAUUCUGGAAAAGUCACCUACAAGAAAAUGCAAUCUGACUUGCAGAACGAAUUGCAGUACUACCUGCAGGAAAAUGCAAAGCUGGCAUCGCUUUUGGAGGGAAGAGUUCCAAAUGACUUACUCUCAUGUAUGGAACUGGAAAGGAAGAUUGCGGGUUUAAAAGAUGAACUGAAUAAAGCUCUGGAAGAGAACUCAACUUUAAGGAAAGAAGCAGCUGCAUCAUUAGAAGCCCGUUCGGGACCUGACACUGAAAUCUUCCAGAAGGAGGUGCUUGAAAAAUCCGAAAUGAUUGCUUCUCUGGCUUUGGAAAAAGAGAUGCUGCUUGCUCAAGUAUCUGAGAAGGAGAGACUCCUGUGCGAAGCAACUACCGCGCUAAAAUCCAAAGAAGAUUUUGUAAAUUCUGAAGCAAUGCGCCAAAAUGACCUAGCUUUUCAGGAGCUGAAAUGUCACUGUGAUGAACUGGAGCAGAAAUUAUUGACUGCAUCAGAAGAAAACAAGCAGAUGAGAUGCCAAGUAGAUCUUCUAGCUGAAGAAAACCUCAAGCUACAGGCAACCAUUCAUGAAGUGACUCAAGAGCUUUCUGGCAAGAUCCAAGAGAUCCAAGAAAAGGACUUGGAGCAAGAGAAGCUUCUUGGUAUGAGAGAACAACUUGAUGAAGCACAUCAAAAACUGAGUGAAAUGGAGCAACUCAAAGACCAGUUGAAGACCUGGGCAUCUAAAAUGGAGGCUGAGGAAAUGGAGAAACUGGGCCUAGCUCAAAGGCUCCAAGAGAGUGAAGAAGAGAUGCAGGUGCUGACUCGGGAAAGAGAUGACCUGAAGCAGAAGGAGGAGGCUCUCAGACAUGAGAGAGAUCAGAUCAAAGAAGAUAUCCAAGAGACUGUGUCCAUGAACAUUGAAUCCCAAGAAGAACUGAGAAGUGCGCAAAAUUCUCUGAAGCAUUCUGAGAAGCAAAUUAAAGAACUGAAAGAAGCCAUUGUGGAGAGAGAAUCACAGAUUUCAAGUGUUAAAGAAUCUCUAGGGGCCACUAUUGAAGAACAGAAGCAACAGAUAUUAAAGUUAACAGAGCACUUGGACUACCUCAACACAGAGAAAAAUCUGUUAACUGGAGGAGAAAGGGAUGCAGAGGAAAUCAAGCUGGAGGAAAAUAACCAGCUUCAGUCAAUGAAGGAGAAAAUCUUGUCUCUUGAGCAAGAGAAGUCUUUGCUAAAGCAACAACUGGAGAGUCUGCAAGAGCAGAAGAACUGGGACCUGGAAAGCAGUCAGCUGCCACCUAGCAAGAUCCAAGAGCUGCAAAUAGGAGACACUGAAGAAGAUAGACUUCAUAUGAAAGAAGAACUCUGCCAAGCUCUAGAGAAGUUGAGUGAAAUGGAACAACUGAGGGACCAAUUAGAAGCCAGUGAGUCUAGAAUUGAAGCGGAGGUAAUGGACAAGCUGACAGUAACUCAGAAACUUCAUGAGCAGGAGGAAGCGAUGAAAGCGAUAAUGCAAGAACGAGAUAAUUUGAAGGACAUUGUGGGUUCUCUCCAAAUAGAGAGGGAUCUCAUCAAGGAAAAGAUUGGAGCAGAUGCAGCUCAGAAGCUUGAAGAAGCAACGGGAGCCUUAAUUCAAGAACUAGAUGAACUGAGGAGGAAGCUGGAUACUGUUCAAAUAGAGAGGGAUCUUGUUAAGGAAGAGAUUCAGAAGCUUCAUGAGCAUGAAGAAGCAACGGGAGCCUUAAUUCAGGAACGAGAUGAACUGAGGAGGAAGCUGGAUACUGUUCAAAUAGAGAGGGAUCUUGUUAAGGGAGAGAUUCAGAAGCUUCAUGAGCAUGAAGGAGCAAUGGAACUCUUAAUCCAGGAACGAGAUGAACUGAGGAGGAAGCUGGAUACUGUUCAAAUAGAGAGGGAUCUUGUUAAGGAAGAGAUUCAGAAGCUUCAUGAGCAUGAAGGAGCAAUGGAACUCUUAAUCCAGGAACGAGAUGAUUUGAGAAGGAAGCUGGAUGUUCUCCAAGAACAGGGGAAGCUUGCCAAAGAAGAGGCUGAAACAGAGGUGCUUCAUGAGCAUGAAGAAGCAAUGAGAGCCUUGACCCAGGAGCGAGAUUUCCUGAAGGACAAAUUGGAUGCUCUCCAAGUAGAGAGGGAUCUCAUCAAGGAAGAGAUGCAAGCAGCGAAAUCAAUGCUUUCUCUUAAGCGGCAAGACGACGAGAGAGCGCUAGAGAAGCUACUCGGACUGAAAGAACAGCUUUGCGAAGCCCAGCAGAAACAGAGUGUCAUGAAGCAGCUGGAUGCAGAUCUUAAGGCCAGAGAAUCUGAACUCGAGGCUGAAAAGAUGGAGAAGUUGGAAAUGGUGCAAAGGCUUCACAGCAGCGAAGAAGAGAGAAAAUCCCUAACCCAGGAGAUGGAUGCACUAAAGCAGAAGUGGGAAGCUCUCCAAACUGAGAGUGAGUUGCUCAAGAGACUUCUGGAAGCAACUACUUCAAAGGUCCAACAGCUAGAAGAAAAGAAUCUUGACCUGAGUCAACUGCUUGAGUCGAGGGAAGAGCAGAGUCGGGCGGCUGCUGAACGUCUGAAUGAGAUGGAGCAAUUGAAGUCCAAGACAGAAACCACGGAGAAGGAGAAAGCAGAAUUGCUUCAGAAGCUUCACAGUGCCAUGCAGGACUUCAACACUGUAAAUCGGGAAAAGGGGGAUUUGAAGACCGCAGUAGAUGCUCUUCAAACUGAGAAGGAGAACAUGAUCCGGACCAUCCACCGCCUUGGCAAGAGCGUAGAGAAGAUGGUUGCAAAUAAUCUGAAGCUGCAAGAACAACUCGAGCUUAGCAUUAGCCAUAGGGAAGGAGCUAGUGGAAUGGCAGAGGAACCGGAAGGAAGGAUCUUAGAUGAGAAUUCUCGGGCCUCAGAACUUCAGGAGAUACUGAACCAGACAACUGAUCAACAGAAGAGAGAAGCCGAGUACUGCCGAGAAGCUGAAGCUGCCCUGAAAGCAUCUAAGGACCGAAGCCAAGAACUGCUCCUAGAAUUGAAUAUACUGAAAGAAGAGCAAACACAUUGUGCUGCUGCUAAUCUUGCCUUGGAAGAAGAAAACUCUAAAUUGGGGAAUAAAUUAAAAGCAAUGGAAGAAGAACAGAAGAGUCUGAAGCUGAAAAUCCAGCAGCUCGAAAAUGCUAUGGGAGAAUCGAGAAGAAAUUUCCAGGAAAGGGAAAAGAAAGCCCAGUUGGCAAUGGAGCUUAAACUGCGAGCAUCCAAGAAUGAUGUGGUACGUCUUGGGGCUGUAUUAAAGGAGAAGGAGAACAGCCUAAGAAGUGCACUUGAGGAGCAACAAACUCUCAAGGCCAAACUUGAAGGUGCUCAAUCGAACAAGGACGAAAUCGAGGACCUCAAAACUCAGCUUGCUAAAGCAGACAUGGCAAGAAUGAAGCAGUGCAAAUAUUUUGAUCAAGAAAUGGCUAAUGCAAAAGCUCUCGUGGAGCACAGAGAGGAGCAGUUGAGAAAACUCAGGGAAGAACUUCGCAGAGUCCAACAAGAGCAGGAUAUGACUGUAAUAGCAUCGCACAAAGACAAUUCUCAGGCACCACUAGCGAUUACUUGCGGCGGUGGAAGUGGAAUAGUACAAAGUACCCAGCUUCUUGUGCUGAAAUCUGAGCAUGCGAAACUGGAAAAGGAACAUGCUCAACUGAAGAAAAAACUGGAGAUUAUGUUAAAAAAUGAGCUGCUCUGGAAGGAGGAAGCUAGGAAAUGGAAGGAGCGGUCCUUGAGGAGACAGCAGCCCACAAGUGAGGAGCAACAGCUAAAAUCACCAAGGAAGACGGCUCCUCCUUCUGUGUCGGAGCUGCCAUCCUCCCCCUGUAGGGAGUGGCCCUUGAGGAGGCAGCAGCCCACAAGCAAGGAGCAACAGCUAAAAUCACCAAGGAAGACUGCUCCUCCUUCUGGGUCGGAGCUGCCAUCUUCUCCCUGUAGAGUGCGCUCCUUGCAACCAGGUCUGUCGUUGGACAUGCCCGCUCCUGUGUUGUUGAACUGUCCGACCUUCUUUGAUAACACUCACUUAGGAGAUUUUAAAGGCACAAAGUCUUCAGGUGUCCAGUCCACUGACACAGCAGCAGAGUCUACAGACAGUUUUAAGCAGUGGUUUGCGGCUUCAAACAAUGAUGAUGCUUCUAAAUGCAAGACACAAUAGCUCUCUCAAUAUUUUGUGGACACAGGUUGAUUAAUAGAUUUCCAUCUUCUUUUGAC